AUGCUGGAGGCGCGGGAUCGCAUAGGUGGACGGACGUAUACAGUCGAGGAAGAUGGGCUGCUCUGGGAAAUGGGCGGGACAUGGGGCACCCAACACAUGGCCUAUCUGUUCAAAAAGCUGACCCGCUACAAGAUGAAUCGCGACCUGAUGCUCACCCACAGUCGGGAAUACGAGAAUGACUACUACACCCUGCACGUCCCAGGGGCCACCUCGCGCAAGCUCACCCAUGAAGAAGGCGGCCAGAUUGUCGUGCGAGCGUGGGACAUCUUUGUCAAUGUUGAUGGCCAGAACUGCUGUCGCGUCUGUUUCCACUGCCGCACGCCCAGCUGGGCAACGUCCUCGUGCAGAGGGAAGAAGUGGAGCGGUUACCGCAUAUCCUGCCGGGGGCGAUUCGACGAUAUCAAGCAUCUACUCAGCGUGGAAGAAGCGGAGGUGCUCGUCGCCCUGCUCCUGCAUAUCUGGGGAGGGAGUCUGGAAACCUCGAGCUUAUGGGAUAUGGUCCGCUCCCACGCGCUGAUGUCGUUUAGCGCCGAGAACUUCACCCCGGUGUGGACGACGUUCAAGCUGCGCGAGGGCUUGCGCAUUGCGGUGCGUGCGAUUGAUGACCGCGGCAGCCUCGUGCAGGUAACCGCUGCAUCCGGCUCUAUCCAUCAAGCGCGUCGAGUCAUCAGCACCAUUCCGCUAAAUGUACUACACUCUAUUCGAGUUCAAUCCUCCUCUCUCCCCGACCCGCCAGCAAGCAAUCAAUAUCGGCCAUGUGAACUUCAUGACCAAGAUUCAUGCCGAGGUAUCAGGCCCUGGUCUGGCCUCGUGUACGACGCCGAUGAGAUCUUCAUGUGUACCACUGCCGGCGGCAUUAUGUCUAUCACCACACUCGAUGGCCAGCUGGUGAAGGAUGGGAAGGUCAGGCUCAUUACGAAGAAGAUUUGGGAUGGUUACUGGGCGAUUCACUAUGAUCCGGCCUUUAGCUUCGCCAUUACCAAUCAAGACGAGAAGAGUAACUCAUCACUGUGA